AUCGACGGUGAGCCCCCCGCACAUCACCCCAUGAGCCGUCAGACGAGUGCAGCCAGCUACCCGGAGCCACGCCGGGCUCGAAGUUCAACACGGUGUCUCGACCGCGCCGGUCAUAACAACAGAAGAUUACGAAUCUAGAAUACUAUAAAACUUCUCAGGAAGAGUAAUAAGCCGCAUUCGCACGUUGACUUGCAAUUCGCAGUGAUAUACGCGUCCGGUUAUUUGUUCACGUUAACUUAAACUCGAGUUUGUUAUUGUGUGUGUAAAGAAGAGAAGCAUGGCUCCAAACGCUUCGGAUGCGAAUGGGGUGCUGUUUGAGAGCGACGCUGCGACGCCGGACCUGGCGCUGCCGCACGCCCCGGUGCAGCGCGCCGACGCCUACCCGCGCCAGUACGUGUGGAGGAACAUCCUGCUCUUCGCCUACCUGCACCUCACGGCACUCUACGGCGGCUUCCUGUUCCUCACGUCUGCUAAAUGGCAGACUGAUGUCUUUGCAUACAUCCUGUAUGUGGUCUCGGGGCUCGGCAUCACCGCUGGUGCUCACCGGCUCUGGGCCCACAAGUCCUACAAAGCAAAAUGGCCGCUGCGUCUGAUCCUGGUCAUCUUCAAUACUAUUGCUUUCCAGGACUCGGCGAUAGACUGGGCGCGCGACCACCGCAUGCACCACAAGUACUCGGAGACCGACGCGGACCCGCACAACGCGACUCGAGGCUUCUUCUUCUCGCACAUCGGCUGGCUGCUCGUGAGGAAGCACCCCGAGCUCAAGAACAAGGGCAAGGGGCUGGAUCUGAGCGACCUGUACGCUGACCCCAUACUGCGCUUCCAGAAGAAAUACUACCUGCUGCUCAUGCCGCUGGCCUGCUUCGUGAUGCCGACCGUCGUGCCGGUGUACUGCUGGGGCGAGUCCUGGAGCAACGCGUACUUCGUGGCGGCCAUGUUCCGCUACGCCUUCAUCCUCAACGUGACCUGGCUCGUCAACUCCGCCGCGCACAAGUGGGGCGACAAGCCCUACGACAAGGCCAUCAAGCCCUCCGAAAAUAUCUCCGUCAGUAUCUUUGCUCUCGGAGAGGGCUUCCACAACUACCACCACACCUUCCCGUGGGACUACAAAACAGCGGAAUUGGGAAACAACAGGUUGAACUUCACGACUAACUUCAUCAACUUCUUCGCUAAGCUCGGCUGGGCGUACGACCUGAAGACGGUGUCGGAGGAGAUCAUCCAGCAGCGAGUGAACCGCACAGGUGAUGGGUCGCACCACCUGUGGGGCUGGGGCGACAAGGACCACGACCGUACCGAGGCCGACGCCGCCAUACGCAUCAACCCCAAAGACGAGUGAACGCGAGGUAACCUCAGUCAAGUAGUUAAUGGAAUUGGCCGGUUCCUUAGUUACAUUUAGCUUCCUAAGUGUAAUCAGUUCUUGUGGAUUAUUGAUGGUAUGCUUGCGCGUUAGUUCUAAAAGAAAUAUUUGCUGCAAUUAUUAGGUGUGUUUCGGUUGCAGUUCGAUCGGGAACUAUGUAUUUGUAAGUUUGAUUGUUGUAGGUAUGUUUCUUAGCGCUCAAUACCUAACUUAAUUACGGUGUUACAUUUUCCAUUGAAAGUUAUAUUCUUACGCGAAAACAUUCAGUUUUCUUGCAUACUUUGGUAAGGAGGGCUUCCUGGACCCAUAUUCCAGAUUCUGUAAAUUAGUUCGUAAAUAUCGAGCUUUCAAAUAGACUGAGGUGACGAGUACCUUGAGGCUUCCCAACCAUUUAUUUAAACUACAGUUUAUAAGUUAUUCUGAGGUCUAAGCUGGACUUGGCCGCAUAUAUUUUUACUAUCAAUGUAGGUGUAAGUGAACACAUCAGUAUUAUAGACCACAUAUUAAUGUUAAAUGUUCAAACCCAGUAGGUUUCAUACUAGUCCCAGCAUUUUAAUUAAAUAUUUGCACAAAUUUCAAAUAGUAACUGCAUUUUAAAAUAUGAAUUAACCAAGCGUUUUUGUUUUAGACAUUAAUCUGUCCCACUUACUAGAUGUUUAAGUAACCAUUAAUUUAUUUGUUUUUAUUUUGUUAACAACAUGUGAUAAUAUUCAAACUGAUAUUAAUAUUUCAUUGAACGUAAAACUUUCAUGAAACAUGCAUUUUGUUUAGUUUGUAAUUUGAGUUUAUAAAUAUGUGGUGUAUAAGAAUUAUAAUGAAUAUAAGAAUGUAGCUCCGCCAUAUUGUGUAGACGUGAUUUGUUUGUUACAGUUACAUUAAAUGUAAUUGUAUUUAUAACAUGGAUGUUGUAAAAUAGUCCUAGACUAAAAAUAAUAGUCAUUGGUUUUAAAAGUUUGUAAACGGCAAGGUCUUGUGCUGUGGUUAUUUGCUUAGUGGCUUUAAGAGAAAGUAGAUAAGAUCGAGAAUACAAUUAUGGUUCUGAGACCCUAAACUAAUAGCCAUAGAGCUGGAUUUCCCUUGGCACACGCUGCACAAAAUGGCGGAAGGAGCGCCGACUGAUGUGAGAAAUGAUUGUGAUAUUUAGAUGAAUAAAUAUUAUUGUUUAAGUUUUACUAUUCCGAUAAAAACGCAUCUUAUUUUUUUAAUUACUGAUUUAUUUUCGAAGAAAAUACAGAUCUUUCAUUCUGAAUGAAUAAUAUGUAAGAAAUAAUUUAUACUUAAUUAUCUAGUUAUAAUAUGCACAAAUUCUAUGAAAAUGUUUCGAAUCUUCACAGAUGAAAAUUAUAUUGUAAUAUUCACCUGAUUGUGCUCUAAUUUAGUAGAUGAUGAAACAGUUCUUGCAUUUUAGAUGGGAAGAUGAACAAUAUUUUAGUAGGUAUCGCCAGAGAGGGAUUAUGUUAUCCAUUAAGUGGAACUUUUGCGCCCUCUACGUUGUGGUGGAAGAAACAACAUUUCUGUUUGAUAUUCGCCAUCACUAAAAUGUAAGGACUGUUACAAUCCUUUAUUCAUAUUAUUAAGUAAAUAUCAACGUGUAAUACACUGAGAUAAAAAACA